GCUUCCUGGCUACGGCAGCCGGGCAGGCCCGCUGGUGGUCACCUUCCCUGCGGGCCGCAGCCAUGGCGGCAGGGCCUCCCCCGCCGCUGGACCCCCUCCCGCUGCCGGUGUUCAGCGAUGAGGGCUUCGGGGACAAGUUCCUGCGCAAGACCCGCGAGAACCCCCUGGUGCCGCUCGGCUGCCUCUGCACGGUCGGCGUCCUGACCUACGGACUGAUCAGCUUCAAGAGAGGCAACAUCCGUCGGUCCCAGCUGAUGAUGCGGGCACGUAUCGUGGCCCAAGGCUUCACCUUCGUGGCCCUCCUGGGAGGCAUGGUGGUCACGGCCAUGAAGUCUAGAAAGUGAGAUCAGGCAAGAGAGAAGCUGUGGCCACGGGCCUGCGCCCGCCAGCCUGUGCCACAGCUGGCAGGGGGGGGGGAUUCUGGCUGCGGAUGGAGUUUUCUGAGAGACAGUUGUGAUGCCUCGGUGGAGCUCAGAGUGGAUCCGUGUUCCAGAGCACUAGAAAUGCGGCUAAUACACCUCUGUGAUUAACCUGAUAUCCGGGCUGUGGCAUUUUUUUGAUUCUCUGAGAGCUUAUCCUCCUGCGACACUGGAGGCUGCGCCUCACUAAGGCUCUCUACCCUUGUCAGACCUCUUGUCCCUGCCUGGUACUGUCACAGUCUGUUAAAAUUGUGUCCUGUGGGUUGUGGUCUGCACUGGGGUGUAGCUUUAGGCAGGCGGUGCACUAGCAUUUGAGAAAUCAUCUGCCUGCGUAGGAAGGCACAGCUCUGUUUAUGGCUUGAUGCUGGCAGGACAGAGUUCAUAAGCAGUGGGGGAGUUGUUUGGGGAGAGUAUGUAACCUGUUGGGUUGCGACUGGUGAGUAAUAAAGUGAAUUGCAGCGAGA